UCCGGGCGACGACUCGUUGCGUGGCGCACGUGCGAGCAUACUGUUGUGGGGCGACUCGACGGCGGUGCCAGUUGUGGCGAUUCCGGUGAUAUUGAAACGCUCACGUGCGGGGGUGUACGUCAUAACAAGUAAUUUGUGUUGUUGUUGUUGUUGUUGCUGUCGUUUACGCCGAUCGCGACUUACAUUUUCGGACGAAUCACAUUUUGUUCAUAAAUAUAAUAAUAUAUUAUAAUACCAUCUCGACCGUUUUAAUAUAUUUGAAUAUAUUACCUGUACUGCCGUCGUCGUUGUCAUUUUUGUUUGUCGUCGCCGUUGUUGUUGUUGUUGUUAUUGUUGGUGUUGGUGUUGUCGUGCCACGAGUGCGGUGAUUUUUGCCGUACAUCACACAGACCAGUAUCAGUCUUUUGAGAAAUUAUACAUACAAAUUGAAUAUACACUUUUCUGACAAAGAUCCGAUCGGCUUCACAGAAAACCAAAAUCGUUUAUUAAAUACGCAACUAUGUAGAACAAGCCGACAAAAGCAAUUUCAGUUGGUCCUGACGAUGACGAUGAAGACUGGAUGCGCAAUAUGAGUGUUGGCACGCAGCGGUAAUGGUUCUAUCGACGUCGACGACGACGACGGCGAUGAUGAUGAUGAUGAUGAUGACGACGACGAUGACGACGAUGACCAUCUCGUCAUCGCCGGGAUGUCCAGCGGGGUGCGCGUGCAAGUGGAAAAACGGCAAGCAAACGGUCGAAUGCGUGGACAAGAAGGUGACGAGCGUGACGUUGGCUCUAGGCAUCGACCCGGCCACGCAAGUGCUGGACAUAUCGGACAACGAUCUGUCUGCGGCCGGGCUACCACACGACACGUUCGCCGCGGCCGGUCUGUCCAACCUGCAGCGCAUCCACGCUUCCCGUUGCAACGUGUACUACGUGCAUGACCGAGCGUUCAGGGGCCUGACUAACCUGGUGGACCUAGACCUGUCCGGUAACUGUCUGCGGCAGGUUCCGACCGGCGCAUUCGCCGAAUGUCCGUCCCUGAUGAAGCUCAGCCUGAGCGGCAACCCGAUCGGCGACUUGCCGGCCAGGGCGUUCCGGCACCUCGGCCAGCUGACCGCGCUCGACCUGAGCGGCUGUGGGCUGACCGCCGUCGCAGCCGGCGCAUUCGAUGACCUCAGCGGCCUCGACUGGCUCAGGCUGGACGACAACCUGUUAACACACGUUCCCGGGCCGAAUACGCUGCCCGCCCGGUUACACGGUGUCGACCUGCACCGCAACGACUGGCAGUGCGACUGCCGCAUGGUUGACAUGCACCGGUGGCUGACCGCCUCGCGGGUGCCGGUCACCGAAGAGCCCGUGUGCUCGGGUCCGGCCGCUUACGCCGAUGUUCCAGUGCGCCGAGUAUCGGUGGCCGAACUGGCGUGCGCGCCGGCCGCGUACCCAGCCACGCAACCUGUGCAGGACGUGAUCGAAGGCGUCAACGUUUCAUUCCGGUGCCUGGUGGCCGCCAUCCCAGCGGCCACGGUCGAGUGGCUGUACGGUGGCGUACCCGUGUACCGGCACAACGCGUCUGAGCUCAUCACCGUGGAUGGAAACACGACCGCUGAACUGUACGUGUACAACGCGAGCGUGACUGAUGCCGGUUCGUACGCCUGCGUGGCCGAGAAUCGGGCGGGCAGGGCUCGCGUCAACUUUACAGUCACCGUUCGGCCCGGACGACCGUUCCUGGCCGCGGGCACCGUCGACGACCGAUCCGCACCGUCUCAGUCGUCGUCGGCCACGGCCGGUAGCGGUGGGGGGACCAGCGGGGACGGCCGACCACUCCUGUACGUCGGCUGUUUAGCGGCCGGCUCGGUGGCACUGUCGGCUGCGGCCGCCGUACUGGUGGCAAUCAGGUGCAGGCGGGUGAAACGCUCCAGCACCGGCGUCCGAGCCGGCGACUCUUCGUCCACCUGCAAGCGAAGACCCACCGCACCCGCGGCCGACGGUUAUCGGACCGUCAGUACGACAGCCGAUAAGGAGCUCUCGGUACCCUCGGCCCACCGUCCGGCAUCGGCGCGGACGACUGCCACCUUAGUGACGGUAACAGCGACGGGGCUGGAUGGGGCCGAGGACACCACCGUCGCGACGGCCGAGAGCAAUCCAGACGUGGUGAGCGACGUGAAACGCACCGGAUGGGAAAUCGAUUUCGAGCAGAUCGUUUGGGCCGAAUGUCCGCCAGCCACCGGUUACGUUUCCAUACAGAUACCGGUGCAGUGCGGCAUCGAGUGUCUGGGUGCGUAUUACGCGACCACCGCCGAGGCCGUGGCCGGGAGCCGCUGUGGCGGUGCCGGGGCCACGCUCCGGAGACAGCGCCGACGGGCGGCCGUGUUGACCGCUUACGAUGACACCGUACAGGUGGUGCGCACCACCGCGCAGGGGGGGUAUCCGACGACGACCACGGGGCCCGGGACAAUUGGCAUCCCUGCCGCCGCCGAACCGCCACCGACUAUCGUUGUGGAGGACCCGGACGACGACGUUGGCGGUGGCGAUGUUGGCGGCGUCGCACCCAUUAUUAGCCCUCCGUUGCCGUUCCGGUCGGGCGACGAAGACGGCGCCGACAAAGACGACUCCAUCGCGCUGUAAUAAUAGCUAACGGCACACCAAAAAGCUAUAUUGUUUUUAUUCAUAUAUUAUAUCAUUGUAUUAUUAUUUGUUCGCGAAAAGCCAUAAUAAUUAUUAUUGUGUUCUCAGUGGCUCGACCGGAUACGAGUUUGUUUCGCGACACGGUGUUUUUUACUUAAGCAAUAUCAAUAAUUAUAUAAUAAAUUAAGCAUUGUAUUAUAAUUUAUAACGUAGCGUUGCGGGUAUGAUAAUUAUUAAUACCAUUAUUAUUAUUAUUAUUACUAUUGUUAAAAUUAAUACAGGACUCUACGAAAGCAAGAAUAAUAAUUUUAAAAAUUGUCUGAUAGCUAUAAAGAAAUCCGUAAUAUAUUCUCUUAAAACCACUUCAGUAGAUCGCUAGAGAAACAAUGCUACACCUUCGAUUAAGGAGAAGAUUAUAUUUAUAAUAUGCUAGCAAAACAGCAGAUCCUAUGGCCAAAACGAUGGAGCCAAACCGGUGAUGAUGAAGAAGAAUAGAAGGAUAUUAAUAUUAUUAUUACCUUUAUAAAAUGUCAUAAAAAUUAUGUAAAAUUUGAUGGAGUU